CGAUGGGUCAAGACGUGGAUGGGACGACGGUACCGUCGCCGGACUCCCUCAUUGCCGCGGCGCGCGCUCUCUGCGCCGUCUGUAGCAGCGCCGAGCUGCCCGGAACAAUCCCCGAGGCCUUAGUCUCGGAUUCGCACUCCCCCCUCGCCUGCAGCGGCAUGGCGUCGUCCAGCGCCCCCACGCGCGAUAAGCGCAUCAAGGUGUGCGUCCGACUGCGCCCCUUUACACGCACCGAGAAACUCAAGGCCGGCGGCAAAGCGGCCUGGACAUGGCACGAGAACACUAUUUAUCAGCAGAUUUUCCCAGCACAGAUCCCGUCGCGGGUGUCCACGAGCGACGGGGAGGAGAAGAAACGUAGUGGUGGGUCCACGGCGUCUUCCAGCUCUUCGGCACUGCGGGACUCGUCCGCGUUGCCGUCCUCCUAUUCGUUUGACUAUUUGUACCCCCCAGCGACACAAACCCAAACCGUUUAUAACGAGACCGUCAAGGAUGUCAUUAUGGCAGCUACUGAAGGCUACCACUCAUCCGUCUUCUUGUACGGACAAACCGGCACUGGCAAGACGUAUACUAUGCAGGGUGGGCGAGGAGACCCCGGUAUCAUUCAGCUAGGCGUCCAGGACAUUUUCGACCACAUCGCUCGACAUCCGAGUAUGGAAUUCUUGUUACGCUUUUCGUAUUUGGAGAUUUACAACGAACGAAUCCACGAUUUACUGGCUGCUGGGGCGAAAUCGGACAUUAAGAUCUAUGAUGUACACAACCGAGCGGCUGCAGCAAUCGGGAAUGCACGCGACGGGUUUGUAACUAAAGACGUGGUGAUCAAAGGCCUAAGAGAGGAGAUUGUGCUGUCCACAGAGCACGUGCUCUCGCUAGUAGAAGUGGGCAACUUGCACCGUCACAUGGCCAUGACUGAGUCGAACGACCAAUCCUCCAGGUCUCACGUGGUGUUCCGAAUGGUCAUCGAGAGUCAAGCGAAACGGAAGAGCAGAGACCGCGGAGAGGUGGCGCCAGUGCGCUCUGCGACGCUCAACAUUAUCGAUCUCGCCGGCUCAGAGAGUGUUCGGCUCGCUAACACCACAGGACAGGCUUUAGAAGAGGGCAAGUUCAUCAACCGCAGCUUACUUACACUCGGACACAUCAUCUGGAAGCUUAGUCGAGACCGUCAUAGGAAGAGUCCAAGUGGAGUUAGAACGCCCAGCACAACACACUUACCGUACCGCAAUUCCAAGCUCACUCGGAUUCUACAGCCGUCGCUGGGUGGCCAAGCACAAAUUGCUAUUGUCUGCACUGCUUCGCCCUCUGUAGAGUGUUUGGCGGAGACCCACAACACGCUGAAGUUUGCUAGUCGAGCAAGACGAGUACGCAACCGAGUGGUGGUGAACGAAGGCUUGGGCGAGUCUGCGUUACUGCGGAAAUACCGAGCCCGUAUUCGAGAAUUAGAGGAGCAACUGGAGCGUUUACAGAUACGUCGACGACCAAGAGAGCCCAGCAGUUCUAACCAAACUCUAAACGAGCGUCAGAUGGAGCUCAAGUUCGCCAUCAACAACAUCAAUAGGGUCAUUUUGAACUCGCAAGGCCAGGAGCGACCUGAUGACGAGGAACUCGCGUCUAUAGACGACGACAUGUUCCCAGCCAUGGCUACACCUCCUGAAGCGUGGGAAAUGCCACACCCAGUCCAGACUACGCGUCGAAGUGAACCCGAGCGAAAGCCGACACCGCGACAGCUUGCAGCUCGACAAGCUGAGAUGCAAACUUCUCAAACGCAGUCCAGGACUGAAACUCGUCCCUUACUUCGUCGUGAACCAGUCCACAGUUCCAGCACUGUCAGUAUCCAGCCUGAGACUGAAGAGGAAGGCAAAGACGAUGACCAAGCACGCCCACGUCUCGUCCACUCUGGCAGCUCCGCCAAUACCUCAAACAAGACGCUGAUCGGCAGUGGUGGUAGUGCUAGUACCAAGACUCUACCUCUGUCCACAUCGUCGUCUAGACAUCUCACAGAUAACGACGAAGACGUCGCAGAGACGAAGGAAGAAUACGAUGGAGAUGAAGAGGACGAACCGGAGCAUGAAGAGGAUGCACAGCACGACACUCCACCUCAACCUGAAGCUAUCGAAGCUCCGAACCCAACCACUCGUCCAUCACUUACUUCGAUGCUGAAGAAUAAAUAUCUGGACGAGUUAACCAAGAUGGAUCAGCGUGCUGGUCGCUGGCAGAGGACGGAUGAAGGAGAUUUGUACAGCCAGAAGGAAUUACUGCGAGAAUUUGUGCGUGGACUUGAGAUCGCUCAGGCGGAACAGGAGACGCGUAUGAGCAAGAUCCGAGAACUGGAGCUCGAGAACCGUCGGCUGCGCCAGACGGUGGCCUCGCGUGACGAUGAAUUGGCGCAGUUGAAGACAGAGACUACUACACCGACUCACGGUUCACAGUCUUCGUAGACUGAAGUGAGACGUGCUUCAUAGGGUUUUAGAUUUAGAAUUUUGUUCGUGGAUUCGACGAGGACACGAGUGUACAAGGAGUAUUAGAAGUGAUCAAGCAACCAAGUGGGAGAAGGAUAUAGAUUGUAUAAGGGAGACAUGAAGCAAUAGAUGUCAACAAAGCUAGAUUAAACUCUUACGAGCGCAGCCGAGUUAGUUCUUCAUCCCAAACGAAAACAUCCUCGAUGUUUAAACUGUUUAACUCAUACAAAAUUGUACUAACGGUACAUUGUACUCAC